AUGGCUUGGGACGACGAAGAUUUUGAUAUUCCAUCAAACAAUGCAUCAGCUGCUGUAGCAUCAUGGGAAGAUGAAGAAGAUGAUGAUCCAGUUUUAGAAUCUUGGGAUGUUGAUCCAGAAGAAGAAGAACGUAAAAAGAAAGCAGCUAAAGCUGAAGAAGCUAAAAGAAAAGCUGAAUUAAAAGCUAAAGAAGAUGCUUUGAAAGCUAAGAAAGAUGCAAAAAGAAAAGAAUUGGAAGAAUUUGAUCAAUUGGAUGAAAAAACACGUAAAGAAUUGUUAAGAAAAGCCGAAUUGAAUGCUGAUUUAAACAAUGCCGCUGAUUUAUUUGGCGGUUUGGGUGUUGCUGGAGAUGAUGAAGAUUUUGAUAUUAAUGAACAUCCAAGAGAAAGGGCCAAUAAACAAAAAUUAGCAGCAGCUGCUGCUAAAAGACCAGUAUUGACUAAAGAUACUCCAUUAGAAGAACAUCCAUUAUUUCAGCCAACCAACAAGGCCGAAUACGAAAAAUUAAGAAAAACUUUGGGUACCACUUUAACUGCAUUAAGUGAAGAUUCUCCUUUAUUAUAUUCAUCUAAUUUAGCCAUUGAUUUAAUUAGAGAUUUAUCCCAACCUUUAUCUGUCGAGCAUCUUAGGAAAGUCAUCAGUACUUUAAAUGUUGUCAUCAAAGAAAAGGAAAAGCAAGAAAGACAAGCAAGAUUAAAGAAAGCUGGUGGUACUGCCACUGGUGGUGCUGGUAAGAAAAAGGCUAAACCAGCCGCUAGACCAAACGUUGGUGGUGGUGGUGGUUUCAAAAAGGAUGCCUUUGCUGAUCUUGAUGACGGUCAAUUUGAUGAUUUUGAUGAUGAUGAUUUCAUGUAA